AUGCACACAGAGAACUUUAUUACCAAAGUUGUCCACUCUUCGUUGGUGCUGACAGCUUUGCUGGGCAAUCUUUUGGUUUGCUUCACCAUCUUGAAAAACAGGAUUUUAAGGACACCGGUGAAUUAUCUUCUAAUGAAUCUCGCCAUAAGUGAUAUGAUGAUCGUGAUAUCCUUCACUCCUAGGCAUAUACUUGGAGGACUAUACCAUCAUCCUCGAGGUUUGCAAGGAACCAUCUUAUGUAAAACAAUCACUUCUGAUACAUUCACCUGGGUUGGAGCGGUGUCUUCAGCGACAACGUUGGUAGUAUUAGCGUACGAGCGAUACGCUGCCAUUACUUUUCCUCUUGGAACACGAUCAAAGCUAAGCUGCAGAAAACUAAAGAUUUUAGUUGGCCUCGGUUGGUUUCUUUCCGUUAUCUUCAACAUCCCACUUUUCUAUGUCAGAAGCCUCAAUCAACAGCGUGGAAUUUGCGAAAGCCAUUGGCCAAAUGUGACAUCUGCAAAGGGUUACAAUAUCGCCUGGUUAAUUUUGAUUGGAAUAGCACCGUUCAGCUUAAUGGCAUUUUUCUACGGGAAAGUUAUACUGCAUUUGAGACGAGAGAUAUUACCCAGACAACAUGGAUCAUUGGCCACGAUGAAAUCCAGACGGAAAGUCACCAAAAUGCUUUUGACAAUAACAAUAAUCUACGGAAUUUGCUUCAUUCCAAAUCUGAUUCUUUAUGUUGUGUGGUACUAUGUAUUAGAAGCAGAAAUAAUGUACACGAUAAAUGAGGUUCUUCUUGUUUUAAUAUUAGUAAAUUCAUGUGCAAAUCCCUUUGUUUAUGCCGCACAAAGUCAAAUAUUUCGAACAAGCAUGAAAAGCAUUAUAUGCCCGUGCAAGAAUUGGUCAAGAAAUCGAGUGAAUAUUUCUUUGCCUUUAACGAGGACACUGGAGACCUUAGAGAACGUGCAGUUCUAGGUGCGCAAAGGUUUUGCGCAACUAGAUAACCAUGCAAAGAAAUUGGAAUUUAAUAAUUUAGGAAGUUAAUUUUGGAGAAAUUUGAAGUUGAGACUCGUAGGUAAUUUAUUACUUCGAUCGUGGUAUACUACACU